AUGGAAGACGACGCAGUCUGGCUAUCAGACCUGGCGGCGCUGGCGUCACUUAGUGUAGCCGUGCACUACGUCUUGGGGAUCUAUGGAUUGGUAGGCGCUCUGUUGCUGUUCAUCCUACUACAACGCGGGGCUAAAGCUCAUCAAAGAAAGAGUAUGGAGGACGAUCAGACGCCGUUCGCUAUAGAGGACGAAUCUGCUGAAAGAGACAAUGAAGUGCUCGCGUCUGAAGUUGCGCAGGAAGAGAAGCGUGACAUGAUUGUACAACGAUGUCAGCAUGUCUCCAGUCUCAUAGUGAGCGACGUCGGUAGCUUAGGUGUACCGGUUGAGGAGAUGGCAAUGAAUUCACGCACACCCAUCGCGUUCGAAACGGAGCUCUUUGUAGGCCAUGCGCUUUUUCUGGUGCGCACAAAGCCUGAAGAUCCGUUCUAUGCUUCGCUUUUUAAUGGUAAGCGUCGCAUGUUUUGGAUCCAAGUACAGGGAUGUUUUAAACAGGCGCCAAAAGGCCCUGUUUAUUUAGGUGGAGAGCUACCUGCCAAGAUCGCACCGGGAGUCUUUACACGUAGCGUUGCGCAUGUGAUUAUGGGACUGAUUAGAAGACUAGUGGGCCAAGUCAGUUUUAGCUUUGGUGAUUCAUCGGAUGGUGAGAAUUUUGACGAGCUGCCUGCCGUGGCAUUUCCCCUCUUUCAAUCUGUAGACCAGUUUGUCGAAACACCAGAAGGUCAUGUGCCGCCUAUACUGGGUACAAGCGAUUUCGGAGAGAGCGAAGAGUCACGUCGUCAACGAAGACUCACAUCUCUUGGCGCUGAAAAGUACACUGUCGGACCGACGUAUACAUUUGAUUUUCAUACCAUGUAUGUGGAUUUGACCAGAUGGGAGACGGCAAAUUUGCCUGGAGGACUGAAUGCCAUGAAUCUUGCUAGUUUCUUUGACUCUUUACCAUUGAGAUUGGUGGCGUAUGAAGUAAGACCAUCGGACUUAAAGACGUCAGACAGGCAUCGACAGCGCGAUAAGGAAUAUCUAUUCUCUUUUCAAGUUAAGUAUGAUAAGCACAGGCAUCAUUAUCGUGAUCAGGUUGAUACUGAAUGGAAUCGAGAUGGUGUUGGACAAGACAGAAAUCUGACAGGCGCUGGAGGUAGUCAUUUGGGCUCAGAUAUGAGCACUAUGAGCACGACCCUGAGUGAUACCAGCUCCUUCACGGAAGAAGAUCCUACGGUAUUGCAAGACGACGCAGACUUUGUGCGUUUGGAACACGCACGACGGCUGAAACAGCUUUCAAUUUCGUAUUUGUGCUGGAUGGAGGAGGUCGACUUAGCGUCAGAUUUACGUCGUGUGCAUUACGUGUUUGUGGUUAAAGAUAAUGUCGGGGAUUACGAUGAAGACGACAAUUUGGCACAGCGCCAAAAAUUUGCUAUCGUUAGUAGCUAUGAGCUGCGUAACUUGCUGCUAAGUUGUCACAAUCGAAAGCGAGAUAAGUUUCGUGAAGAAUUGGCUAAGCUGCGACUUCACAGCCGCUCUCGGAUUGGCAGCUACAGCACAAUAACAACAGAGGCACAUCAGUUAGUCUCGCAUCUUAUGAGGCUGGUUCAUGAAUCACUUCCACAGAUGGCACACGUAUCUUGCUCCAGCGAUUGUUCAAGCUACGCCGAAAUAUGCGAUGAUAAUGUCGACAUUAGAGAAUAUAGGAACGAAAAACACCUGGUUGCUACACAAGCUGCAUUAUACAAUUGCUUGAUGAAGCGUCAGUGUCUACAGGAUUCGUCUUCACAUAGCAUAAAACUUACUCCGUCUCGCAUAGGAGUAAAUCUUAGCCGCCGUGACCGUGAAGACAUGAAGGUGAUUUGUGAAGGAGUGGUGUACCGUUUUUAUGCCACGGAAUUUUUGCGCCAAGAAGUUUUUUUGCUUACAAAGGAUGAGCUAUUGUUUUACCGAUCGUAUGCCUCUAGCGCAGAGAAGCAAGUGCCGUGUUCGCAUAUCAUUGGGGUGAUAGCUGUGCCGGUACCAUUACGUGCCGCGCAUCAUGACUUCACUAGCGGCAUAAGUGGAGUCUUUGCACUGCAAAUCACUACGUUUGCUGAAAAAAUCGUGCUGUGUAUUGCCACGAGGUCUGCCCGGGAUGCGUGGGUUCGAAGCAUCUCACAGUUUAGCAACUUCAGGACCAAUUUUGAACAUGCCCAACAAGGCAGAUUUCACAUGCGAUUAACCGCAACCACUGCGCUUCAACCUGCUAAUCGCAUUGAGCUCAAUUCGCGCCAGCUUUUCCCACAGCUGAAACAAUACGAAUCGCGGGCCGAAAAUGCCAAUCAUCGAGCAAACAUGAAAGCAAGUCCAGCGAAUGCAUUAAAUCUUGUAAAAAGUACGCUCAUGCGUGCAUUGCACAUUCUUAACAAUGCGCAACAGCUUUCUGUGAACGAUACGCUGGCGUUUUUAGAUGCCGCGAGUGCAAUUCGAGCAGUGGACUUGCUGGAUAUACAGGACUCGUGCUCGCACGAAGAACAAAUCGCGUUUUACUUGAAUUUGUAUCAUACAAUACUUGCCCACGCUAUGAUUGCUACAGGCUUUCCGCGAAAAAAAAGUCAGUGGAAGCAAUUUUUUACUCAAAUUUGUUAUGUGCUGAGCCGUGGACCUGAUGGAGAUCAGGUGAGUCUGUCACUCGCAGAAAUUGAACAUGUGAUUCUACGAGCACGCUUACCUUGUGCUGAGCUGCCAUAUCUGAGCGUAGCCAGUGUGCUAUCAGCUGCAAACGGGCCAGCUAGUCGACUACAGGAUCUUGGAAUUAAUCAUCCAGAUUUUCGCUUAAGUCUGGCGCUUGUUUCGAAUCAUAUGGACAGCAACGCUAUUAUGAUUUAUGAGCCAGAAAGUGUGCACGAUCAGCUGAACGCUGUUUUGCGCUCCUUGCUAACGCGCAGUAGCGCUCGAGGCCAUCUGGAAAUGAAAGAGGUCAAGAACACGAUCGUAUUGCCGCGUGUAUUUGAAUGGUACCUUCACGACUUUGGAGUGGCUAGUCAGGCGAGGGAGAAUGCAUCUGCAUUUAAUUGCGUUCGAAAGCUUAUAGGAUUUAUGGAUAGCACGCUCCAGCUGCAGGUGAUCAACGCGUUGGGUAUUGACGAUGCUCCUCUUCGCACAACGUUUUGCUCAUUUAAGUACACGCCAAAGUCUACACUGGUCACAGACGCGUCAUGUGCCCUAAAAUGA